AUGAAUAAAAAUUAGAUUCUAAAUAAAAAAUACAUUAUCUGCUAUGGUGGUCAAUUGAAAUACUAUAGAAAGAAAACUAAAAGAUAAGUUCAUAAAACAGAAGAUUACAGUGAUUAAAUAUCUUAACCGUUACCUCCUAUUUUAUAAGCUGCCCGAAUCAAUACACAAUUAGAAAAUAUUAAUCUUAAAUACAGAAAUAAACCGCAUUCUAAUUACACUACUAGUACUCCUAAUAAUAAAAAUACAUCUCUGCCUCUUUUAAAAAUAUUACCAAAUGAUAAUUAAGAGUAAAUUAAGUAGAAAAUCAAUUCAUGUUUUCUUUCAUCAAAUUAAUCUAAAGUUAUCAUUAAGAAUGAUUUUUUAAAACAAAAUAUGAUUGGAUAUAGUAAGGUGAGCACAAUUAUGAUAAUUUGA